AUGGUUCUUGUGCCUUCUGCAGUCCUGAAUGAGGGAGACUCCAUGGGCCAAGAAGCCUGUGUUUACCAAGAGAUAACAGCAGAAUCUGAAGCAACAUUUGUGCAACCUGAGGGGCACACUCUGGUAAUGAGCUGCCCCUUCUUCAUUCUGGAAUCUGCCAACAGCCUGCAGGCUUUGGAGGGGCUGAAGGAAGGAUGGGAGCCCCUGACUCUGGUAUUCAGAGAAUUCCAAGCUGUAGACCAAGAGGAUGAUGAGGAGCAAAUGUGCCUGAUGGAAGGAGAGAACAUGACAACAGACUGUGUUUACAACAUGAAAUUCUCGUCCAACUUCAAGGCUUGGCAGAGGGUGCAUCAACGGGGCCCUCCAGAAACACUGGUGCGCACAAACUCUAGAGAUGCCAAUUUUAACCGGGCUCAGAUGGGCAGAUAUGUGUUGAAAGAUUUUCCCACGGAAUCCAUUUUCAUGGUGACAGUGAUGGAGGUGCAGAGGCAGGACAUAGGAUUGUACCAGUGUGUGAUCUACCUCUCACCCCAGAAUCAUGUAAUCCUGAACCCUCGAUUUAGACUGAUAGACUGUAAAGAUGCAAGAGGGUCAGUCAAUGAAACAUUGGCCUCUGACCAGUCUGGCCUGCCUGUUUCAGUCAUUGUUCUUGCCUGUGGCUUCACUCUGAACAAAUGCCUCAUUUUCUCAGUUAUGUUGAUCUUCCUCCGAAAAUUCCGGGCCUCAGGAUUCACCACCCCAGACACCUCUAGGCUCGAGGACCGCUGCAGUUUGCAGGCACCUCUAACCCCUUCGAGGCUCUGA